AUGCAUAGAGCUUGCUGGAAACACUUCGCAAGUCAUGUAAGGCCAGACCCUUGCUCCCAGGCCAAGAAACUUUUCACAAAUCAAGCUCAUCUUGGUGUCGGCGAUGCAACGAAGCGCUGGAUCUAUACCUCCAAUGUUCGACCACAGUACACCCCUCUACUUCCGUUUGGCGUCUCGAGACACUCGGGGAGGGGUAUUCGUCCAUUCAUUUACGUCAAUAACCGACAAAUAUUCUGGCCUUCAAAAUCUGCCGCCGAAUUCGAUGAUCUACCCGACAAUCAAGAAGACGCGGCAAGGGCUACUAUUCUCGACAAAGUGAUGAAGGGACGACAGCCAACUGAUCUUAUGUUGCGUUGUACGGUGCUGGACUCUGAAGGCAACGUGAAAACAAUUUCCGGUCAAUUCAAGAAGUCCGAACUCUGCACAGAGCAUCGGUUGAACGCCCGUGACUUGCGUAAAAUCGAUUCGAGGGUGCCCAACCUUGUUCCCACAAUCCUUGUAAGGAAGGAAGCCAUUCUGGUUAAUAUUCUUCACAUUCGAGCUCUGGUCAAGGCGGAUGCUGUUGUUUUAUUUGACACCUAUGGCAGCGCUGACUCAAGACUCCAUUCUGUAUUUUUAUACCACCUAGAACAUAAUCUCAAAGGUACUGGAUCACCUUAUGAAUUCCGAGCUAUAGAAUCGAUUCUACUUUCGGUACUCAGCGCUUUAGAAGCUGAGAUGGUUUUUAUUAGAAACCUCGUUGGUGGCCUUCUCGCAGAAAUGGAAGAUAACAUCGACCACGAUCGUUUCAAACGUCUUCUCCACUAUUCUAGAAGAUUAGCAAGUUUCAAAAACAGAGCCAAAUUGGUACUAUUCAGUCCCUCUGCCCUCCUUAUCUGCAUUCUCACGCACAACCGCAACCAGGUCGAGGAAGCUUUAGAUGAAGUCCUCGCUCAAGAUGAGGACAUGAAUGCGAUGUAUCUGAGUGAUAAAAAGAACAAGGUCAAUCGUGAGCUUCACGAUCACGAGGACCUUGAGGUCCUCUUGGAAUCCUUUUCAAAACAGGUGGAAGAAAUUGUAAAUGAGGCCGAAAGUAUCGAAAGUAACGUUCAGUCGACUCAAGAAAUUGUUGAGCUCAUACUCGAUGCCAAUCGUAAUGCUUUGCUCGCCCUCGAUCUUAAGGUUUCAAUCGCAACGCUCGGGGUUGGUACAGGCGCUCUCAUUGCCGGCUUGUUCGGUAUGAAUCUGACCAGCCAUAUAGAGCACCACGAUUAUGCAUUUUAUGCUAUGACUGGAGUUUCGACAAGCUUGGCUAUCAUCGUUGCAUGGGCUGGCUUCAGGACGCUUGCCAGGAUACGAAAGGUGGGGCUCUCCAGCAACUACCCCCGCGCUGGGAAGUCACACAAAGCCUGGCUCCCUUUACCCCUGCGUAAACGAAGUUUGGAUGGAUGGUCGUGA